CUCUUCUAACUCUUCUAACUCUUGAUCAAUUCUUGAGUAUCCCUCCUUUUCACCCUUAUCUUUCGCCCUCUCCUCACUCUUAUCUCUGUACCUUCAACUUCUCCAACUUUCAAGUUCCCCCGCACUUCCCAAUUCCCACCAUGGCUACCCACGGGACCAACGGUUCUGUUUCCCGCUAUCACGCUGCCUCAAGUGAGGAGGCCAUUCAGGCCGAGCACCACUAUGCGGCUCACAACUAUCACCCUUUGCCCGUGGUCUUUGCCCGCGCUCAGGGUACCUCCGUCUGGGACCCCGAGGGACGUCACUAUCUCGACUUCCUCUCUGCGUACUCUGCCGUGAAUCAGGGUCACUGCCACCCCAAGCUCGUGGCUGCACUGGUGGACCAGGCUUCGCGGGUGACCCUGAGCUCGCGCGCAUUCUACAAUGACGUCUUCCCCCGCUUUGCGGAGUUCGUGACCCGCUACUUCGGCUUCGACAUGGUCCUGCCCAUGAACACGGGUGCUGAGGCGGUCGAGACGGGUAUCAAGAUCGCUCGUAAGUGGGGAUACAAGGUCAAGGGUAUCCCAGAGAACAAGGCGGUUGUCCUGAGCGCUGAGAACAACUUCCACGGUCGUACUUUCGCCGCCAUCUCGCUGUCCUCUGACCCGGAGUCCCGUGAGAACUACGGACCCUACCUCCCCGGUAUCGGGUGCACCAUCCCCGGCACCGAGAAGCCCAUCACCUACAAUGACAAGGCUGCUCUGCGUGAGGCCUUUGAGGCGGCAGGCCCUAACCUGGCCGCCUUCCUGGUUGAGCCUAUUCAGGGUGAGGCUGGUAUUGUCGUUCCUGACGAGGAUUACCUGCAGGAGGCCCGCGCUCUGUGCGACAAGCACAAUGUACUCCUGAUCUGUGAUGAGAUCCAGACUGGUAUCGCCCGCACGGGCAAGCUGUUGUGCCACGAGUGGAGCGGAAUCAAGCCCGACCUGGUCCUGCUGGGCAAGGCCAUCUCGGGCGGUAUGUACCCCGUCUCGUGUGUGCUCGGCCGCAAGGACGUCAUGCUCACGAUCGAGCCCGGUACCCACGGUUCCACCUACGGCGGUAACCCAUUGGGUUGUGCCGUCGCCAUCCGUGCUUUGGAGGUUGUGCAGGAGGAGCAGAUGGUCGAGCGUGCUGAGAAGCUCGGCCAGCUCUUCCGGAAGGGCCUGGAGGAUCUGAAGAGCCCUCUGAUUGAGACCGUUCGUGGCAAGGGUCUGCUUAAUGCCAUUGUCAUUGAUGAGACCAAGACCAAUGGUCACAGCGCCUGGGAUCUGUGCAUGUUGAUGAAGACAAAGGGUUUGCUGGCCAAGCCUACUCACCAGAACAUCAUCCGCCUGGCUCCACCCUUGGUCAUCACCGAGGAGGAGAUUGCAAAGGCCCUGGCCAUCAUCAACGAGGCCGUGAACGAGCUCCCCACUCUGAAGGGCAAGGUUGAGGACCAGGUGAUCCCCCCAUCGGAGAAGAACGUCAAGAUUGGCAUCGAGAACUAGAUCCACUUGGGGGGAAUCACGUACUGGACCACCGGUCCACCGAAGGGCUUCGACCCACGACUUCUCGGGAGCAACCGUUACGCAUUCUAAUUGCCUCCACCGGGGCAAGAGCAAGAUGCGUCAGCGUAUCCCAUACCCGAGGCAUCUCCAGUGCCGGGUGGGACUGGACUGGAUGAUAGAUGUAUUUCUGGAUGGCAUUGGUGUCGUCCCACGACUUGACGAUGGAACGGAUCAAAACCGGCAUUGCUUACAGAUUGAACUGUAUACCAUAGCUACUACUACUAGCUGCAGCUUACGCCUGCAUAGACCAUGAAUUGAUUUGCCACGUAUUGGCGAUAACACAUUUCGGC